CAGAGGGGGGGGGCCGAGAGAGAACACGAAGUGAGUGAGUGGAAAAAGUCCGUGCCGGAGAAAGAGAGGGGCAGAGAAAGAACAGAGUUGGCUUUGGGGGUUUUUUUUGUUCCUUUCGCCGCUGUUGUGACUGUCGGUGAGGAUGAUGAUGUGGAGGAGGAAUCGACCAUGCGACACCGUUGCAACAAACGGGAUGAAAAUUUAGACUCGUCGCAUUCCGUUGCUCCAGUACCGACCAACGGCAGCACGGUUCCUCCAAACUUCGACCUGCGCCAUUCAGUCCCGGGCGACUGGAUUUCCCCCCAGAGCCUCUGGGCAACUUUUCGCACAAGAAGCCCCGUACUUAAAAACAAAUAUUCCGGCACAAAACUUUUUCAGCAAACGCCGACGUGUCGAGAUAAAAAGCAGAAGCCCAUACGAAGUUGAUUUUUUUUUUUUUUUACUUUAAAACCGAGCUCGAAACCGGGGCAGGUUCUUUCUAACAAGCCACUUGUGAGAACAACACCGGAGGAAGGAGUGGGGUGUCACUGCUAACUUCGCUAGCUAACUUGGCUAAAGGCUAGCUAACUUAAAGUGUAAAGUUACCAGUCGACGGGGAAAGUGACCGAAGCAGCACGCCGAAGACGACAACAAAGAUGAAAACCCCGGCAGACUCGGGGUUUGCCUUCCCGGAUUGGGCCUACAAGCCUGAGUCGAGCCCAGGCUCCAGACAGAUCCAGCUGUGGCACUUCAUCCUGGAGCUGCUGAGGAAAGAGGAGUAUCACGACGUCAUCGCCUGGCAGGGAGACUAUGGAGAGUUUGUCAUCAAGGACCCAGACGAGGUGGCCCGCUUGUGGGGUGCCAGGAAGUGUAAACCGCAGAUGAACUACGACAAGCUCAGCCGAGCGCUAAGAUACUACUACAACAAGAGGAUCCUCCACAAGACCAAAGGGAAGAGGUUCACCUACAAGUUCAACUUCAACAAACUAGUACUGGUCAACUACCCCUUCAUCGACAUGGGCUCUGGUCGAGGAGUCCCUCAGAGUGCCCCUCCAGUGCCAACCGGAGGCACCCACUUCCGUUUCCCCCCUUCCACGCCGUCAGAAGUCCUCUCAUCCAGUGAGGAGCUGCGCAGUCCAGGCAUGUUCAGCAGCGUGGCUCGCCGCAUGGCCCGCGGCUCUGUCAGCGACUGCAGCGACGGCACCUCCACUAAUUCGGAGCUGGAAGAGGCUGUGGGGGGCGAUGAGCGAGGCGUGGGGCCUGAGAGGGCUUUCAGGGGCCUGCUUCCUCACCGCCUGCCUCACGAUUCUCUCUUCAGGGUCUAUGGUGGGGCCCCGAACCCAGCAGGGCUCGGCAGACCUGCCCACAGGGUUCACCCAGAGCCUCUGUCUCCAUUCCCUGUCUCCCCCCUGCCUGGCCCCGGGGGUCUUCUGGCCCCAACUCUGUCCCCAGCCCUGUCCAUGACCCCUACCCCCCACCUGUCCUACACCCCCUCCCCCUCCCUGUCUUCUCCCAUGAUGGGCUCCCACUUCUCCUUUAACCCAGAGGACAUGAAGCCCUUCCUGCAGGCCCACACUCAGUCCGUCUAUAACUACCACCUCAGCCCCCGAGCCUUCUUCCACUACCCCAACAUCAUCAUCCCUCAGCCCCAUCGCCCCACCCUGGAAAAGCCGGCCACCCAUCACCUCCACGCCCCACCUCUGCCGCUCUCUCAUUCGCUUAGCCAGCAGCCAGGAGGCGGGGAGGAGGGGCACCUUCACCCGUCACCAUUCAAGUUCAAGCUGCAGCCACCUCCCCUUGGGCGCAAACAGAGGGAUGCAGGGAGCUCAUUGGCUGCUUCUUCUUGCUCCUCUUCCUCCAGCCAAUCCUCCUCAUUCACAGGGUCUGGUCAUAUAACAAACGCAGGGCCUCCUAAGAUCAAGGUGGAGCCCAUAUCAGACAUUGAGUCAGAAGAAGAGGUGGAGGUGACUGACAUCAGUGAGGAAGAUGAGCUCAAUCACAAUGACGAGGAUGAUGAAGGUGACAUCUUCACUCCGACAGCUCAUCACCAUCAUCAUCAGCUCAACAACCAUCACCAAGCUAACGGAAAUGGGAGCAGCCUCUCUGCCCCUCCACACAGUAACCCUGAUGAUGACCCUGAUGAGGAUGAGGAGGUCUUCAAGACUCCUGCCACUCCUCCCAUUGGCAGCAGCAGCCUGGCCUUCCCUCUGAUUGGCCUGAAGAGUGAGCCGGGUCAGGCAGCUCCCAUCAGCCCCGGAGGCACGCGCUGUAUCCCACUCAAACUCCGCUUCAAACGCCGCUGGAGCGAAGACCAGAAGAUGGAGGCGGACGGAGAGAGGGACGAGGCAGAAGACAAGAAAGUGAGGGCUGAGGGAGAGGAGGAGGUGGAGAGGAAGAGAGAGGAGGCAGGCAGGAGAGUGGGGGAGGUGGAGAAUGGGGGAGGAAGAGGUGUCAUUUUGGGGUUGAUGCUGCCAUCGCCUCCCACCCAGCGCAGAGCGAGCUCGGAGCUGCAGAGGGCUACAGCGCAGUUGUCUCUGGAAAACACUGGCUGCUGAGCACACACACACAGGGGAUCCUACUUAGAUACAAAACACACACCUGUCGGAGUCUUGUCAACAAAUGUAAUAGUUUUAUGUAGACCAUAAGGCCUUGUGAUUUCUUGCCAGCAGUAGUGAACGUAGCAUGUUUUGGUUUGGCACAAGAGUGUGCUUAAAUGGAGACAGUAACUGAAAGGUGAUUAUAUAAACACACUUUAAUGUUGUUCUUUAGUGAAUAUCUGAAUAUGUACAUGUAUCGUAUGUAGGAAAUAAUGGUUUUAGUGCAAUAAUUAGGAGUUAUUGGACACUUUUUACCGACCUCACCGCCCCCACAAGCCCCUUAAAUUACUUGACAUAAAACAAAAUAUUUCCCCUACAUAUGUUACAUGUGCAUGCUCACGAGGUAGUAAAGAACAAGAUGUUACUAUAAUUACCUCUCAGGUUUUGUCACUGUUUUUGCAGUAUCAACACCUUUUCCUUUGUACCAUCGUGUGGUCGGUACUGUCAGCAAGCAGCCGCUAGACGUUAUGGCCUAUGUAGAACCAUAAAACACAGGUGUGCCUGUGUAGCCUCUAAUGUACUGCAAGUCAAGACACCGUUGUGCCCCUGGUACCCUAUCAAACAUGAACACAGUAGAGUAUUUUUGCUGUGACUUACAACAUUAAGAGAUAACCAAACUUCUAUAUAUUGACUUCUGUCCCAUUUUUAAAAUUAGAGCCAUACAGAGAGAGAAUCUGCCCUUAAUAUCUCUUAGGAAUUGCACAUUGCCUUUUCAAUGCCUCCUCACCCUCAUAGUGCCAGUUAAGCCAUAAGUCUGCUAGGGAUCACCUCACAUCACACCUGUGCCCAGAUUAUGUCUUCAGUGAGUCUAUUAGUUUAUCUGGUGCAGUGAAACGAAUCACAUUCACCCUAAAGAGAACACAGGCAGACUGAAUUGUACAGCAGUAGAUUGAAUGGAUUUUUCACCCAUAUCUGGCUCACUUGAAGGUGGUGAGUCCUCCUCCUUACUUCCCCUCUCUUCUUUUUCCUCAUUUGUACUCACCAUAACAGACAGACAGAUCUUAAUGUUACUAAAAACACUUUUAACAGCCCUGAUAGAGAUUACAGAAGUGCCUCUCUGUCUGCACCCAUCACCAUGCAGUCAUUUACAAGAUGGAGGGCAGUGAGCAAAAAAAAACGUAGACUUUGCUCUGAUGGAUCUUACAGACUGAAGGGGGGGAGUGUUGCCCAAGAGGUGAUUAGAAAGAACUCUCCAAUCAGUCUUUUCUCCAGGAAACAACUCAGACACUAUCAAACUGCAUCAGGGCCAGACUGAGUGGUCCCUUCAUCCUCAGCUAAAGUCACUACGUGUAUAAAGACAUGAAGUGAGGGUGGAAUUAUACAUCUUAAGGACAGUCAAACUAAGCCUGAGCAGGAGAGGAAGAUUUUGAUGAACUGACGUUGACCUUUCAACCUCUGACCUGUCACACGGCAUCUUUAGACAUUUGUUAGCCAGCGAAUGGAUGUAGUUUCCGCUGUACAGAAAACCCACCUGGGUCUUUGAGGAAAGCGCCGGAUCUUUCUCUCCUUUUCACUUGUUGGGGAAAUGAGGAAGCAGCUACCAGCAAGGCUGUAAUUAUAGACACACUUGUUUCUGAGUGUGUGUGUGUGGACCGAAAGCUGGUGUGAAAACAUCAGGCCUGACGGAUACAGAGAGUGUCUCAGCUAUUCGUGUCCCUGCUUGACUUCGCACAAUCUUCGAGGGGUUUGGAGGUUUGAGGGCAUUCGAAGUGUUUUCUCCCUCAAACAUACAGAUCAACAGCUCUCUUCUGCAUUCCCCGUUUUUUUUAUUUUUUUUUAUUAAAGACUGUAUUCUUUCUGUCAAAGGAUGUUUGUGCCUCAUAAGGACAUGGACAGUAUUUUAGGGCAUUUGCAGUGAUCUGAGGACUUUCUGUAUUUUGGAGAGAAUAGCCGAAUCUGUUCAUGUGAUGUUUUGAGAAGUGACGAUUGAAGCGAACUGAUAUGUCUAGGGGAGAGCGGGAACCAUGUAAUGAAUGUCGAGCAUCAAGGUUAACUCAGGCAAACCUUCACUGAGAUAUUGAUAAAACAACUUAUUUUUAUGACGUUUUAUUCAUGUCGUUUAAAAAGAAAAAAGACAUUGUGCCCAUUUAAACGAACAAACGAUUCCAAAUAAGAUGGUGCCUUUUUAAAGCCAACAUGAGUUUUAUCAGUACCCCCAGCAAAAUGUUUUAUCACACUCACAGAGUACCACCAUGCCUUCUGUUUUUGUAAGAGAGAUGCAGAACAAGUAAAUCUACACGUAUAUAUUUUAUUCAAAUAUAUAUUGAAUUCAAAUAUUAUAUUUCAAUAUGGUCAUUUGAUACAUACCAGGAACAUCCUACUAUUUUUAAUGGUAAAGAUAUGUAUAUAUUCUUAUGGGCAUAUUAUUACCAGUAUAAUUCAGCCUUUGCCUUCUCACCCUUGCCUUCUCUUGACCGUUGAGCUGCAGUGACAAAGGCCACCAGUAUCAGAGUUUUAUAUUUAUAUUGUAAAAGUAAAAAAAAAAACAAAAGUUAUUGUGUGUUCAGGGGACGGAGGGUGUGAAGGGACGAGGACAAAUGAGUGAGCAGAAACUUUUAACCAGACCUGGGUCAAAUCAUAUUUACCUUGUUAGUGGGUGUGUUUGUUUUAACAUCCCUGGAGUAGCAGCCAGGCGGGGUUUACCACCUCAGGACAGAGUCCUAGAAAGGUUUACAUUUUGGCUCUCCUCACGUUGUCCCGCAUGGUAAACCCCACCCACCGGGAACAGUUUGACCCCGAUCUGCUUAAAAACCGUGGAGGCGCAGGUUGUAAUGGGGAGCUGGUAACGGACUCGCGUGUUCAGAGCAGACUGAUUCUGAUUGGACGACACAGAUAUGCAGCAGGUUUUCAGCUCUGCAUCACCUCACAAAGCCAGCAGGACCACAGCAGCUGAUAUGACUGAACUUUGGUUUGAGCAUGGACUGUGGACUCGAGCAGCUUUGUGUGAACAGAGUGUGUCUGGGCUGGUCUGAACCCUGCCCAUAUAUACACACACACAAACACACACACACACACACACACACCAUCCUGGUUAGAGUAAGGCUUUACUGUGGCUAGAAUAAAGGGAAACAUGACAUCACACGUGACAUCAAAUGCCCCCACAGUCUCUCUGGACGGCAAACCAUAGCAACUACACACACUAUUACACACACACACAAACACAUACACACAGAGGAAAUGGCAUCACAAAACCUCAGAGCAGAGUGGAGAGAGAGGGACUUCCCAUAAUCUGACUCGCGCAUUCUGCUCGGUGUGUACGUGCACUUGUGUGUGUGAAUGUGUGGUUCCUAUGGUUAUGCCCUCUACAUACACACACAGCCUUUAAAAAAACUGUCCAGAUAAAGUCAUGGCCUGGGUUAUUUAGUCACAAUUUUCUUGUCCAGAUUGUCCAAGAAGCUCCAGUCUCGUGUGUUUAUCUUAAGCACACAUUGUCAUUUUAAAAAUUGUUAUAUUUCUUCACCAGGCACAAAACAACUCUUACAUCUAUCCUAAUUGGCUUGUUAACAUCAUCAGCAUUCCUCAUUUUAAACUUUUUGUCAUUUAUGGUCAGUGGAGAUUGCUAAAAGUGCCAGCAAAAAUAUUUUAGGGAAUUUUAAGGACAGAUGUAGCAGUUUACAAGUGUCUGGUAAAGAAAAAUACAAACGCCGAGCUGUACCUGAACUGUUGCACCUGUGCUGCCUUACCUGUCGUGGCUUCAAAAACAAAACACAAGAACAUAACUGUUUCCCCAGCGGGUUGAUAUUUUCACCCCUCGAUUUCAUCGAUGUUGUUCUUAUCAUUUUCUUCUGUAUUUUUUCAGACGUAUUACUGUUACUCUUGUAAUUAUUAUAUUAUUAACAUUU